AUGACUCUCUCCUUGGCUGAACCCGACCUAAACUCCGCCAAACCUCCUACAUCAGGUUGCGUUGGCGAGGCGUUUUUCGCCGAAUUUGUCGCUUUGUUGUUCACCUCUGUUGGUCACUUCGGUGGCCAACGGUUCAGAAAUCGCAACUUCAGCACGCUCUGUCGGAGUAUGAGUUCCACUCAAUCGGGGCGCGGGAAGGAUGCCGAUUAUCCGCCGCCUUCGCCCAGCAAACUUCUGGCUGCGAAACUGCUUGUUGCCAAGGUCAAGAAGGCUGCCAGGAGGCCCAAAGUCAAGCCUGACUUGGGUGAUGCAGACAUCAUGCAGUGUCCGUCAAGAAAGCUGCUGCUGGAACAAUGCACGCGGAGCAAAUCACGAACAUGGUCUUUACGAUCUGCUGACGACACGUAAAUGGAAUGAGCGCAUGCAAUCUCAGCAUAUUGAUCUCGAGUAAAUGUCGCAAAAUUCUCGACCAUCACACGCAAAUUUUGCGCGACCACAGCGAGUAGUGAACCAGCAGGAUAUUAAUUACAUCAAGACACAUGAUCACGAGAGACACGGGUGGGGGAAGAAGCAGAGUUUCAUUACUGACUAGAGACGAACCGGAAGCCAUGAGGACGAAGACAACGACAGAGACAGCCUGAGGAGGGCAAGAAGUCUUCCGCCGUCAUGCUGACAAAU